AUGCCAUCUUCCAUGUUCAACAACUCAUUUUAUACACCCAAUAAUAAUAAUUUAAAUAAUUUAAAUACUUUUAAUAGUUUUUACAAUUUAAAUAAUGGAACAUCCAAUUUUGGAAAUUUCAAUCCUUUACUUGCUUCACAACCACCACCACUCUCUACCAACAACACUCGCACAUCAUUUUCCAACAUGCCAUCUUUAAAACCCAUUCCCUAUGAAAAUGGUUCCAUUAUUGAUCCAGAAAUGGAAGAUGAAAUUUUCGAGUUACCUUCGCAAUGGAGCGGUGUGUUACAACAUUAUUCAAGUGCUGCCGAAUGGAUUGUUUCCGAAGAAUUUAAUCAUUCCAUGAUGGAAGAAGAGAAUUUGGAAAUGAUUUUGAAAAUUAUGAAAUGGUAUGAUGAAAGUCAAUUGAAAUUGAGAAAUGGAGAGAGAGCUCAAUGGGCUGUGAAAACAUUGGAUGCUUCUAGUGAGUAUAGUACACAAUGGGGAGCUGUCAAUAUUGCUGGUCCAUCACGGGUGUAUCCUAAAUAUGGUGAUUUUUCAGAUGCAUGGGCUCCUCGUUUACAACAAAAUUCAAAAGAAUUCUUUAUUGUAGAAUUUUCUGAUUAUUACAAAAUUACGGGAAUUCAAAUUUAUGAAACUUUCAAUCCAGGUGCCGUCACAAAAAUUACUUGUCUUCCAAGAGGUAAAGAUCGAUACACUUCACGAAAACCUCAACUCGAUGGAUCGAUUAUUGGUACAACCACAUUUGAAGCAAGGCCUGAAGAUUGGAUUGUUCUCUAUGAAGGACCGACACAACAACACAGUAUUGGACAGCAUUCGAGAAUUUUCUCUCCCUCCUUGACAAACACUGGAGUAGAAUCCAAGGUUAUUUAUGUGGAAAUGGAUACCACCAACUCUGCAAGCUGGAGUGAAGUGGAUGCUGUGAAAUUAAUUGGAAUGCCUGUGUUGUAA